AGCAGGAGAAAGGAAGGAGAAGCGUGUUUUAAGAGGUAAAAACGACGCGGAAAGUAAAACGUAAAAUGUUUGUAAAUCUGGGACGUCGGGGUGAGGUUGUCCAGUCCACAUCCACCUGAACUGGAUCUGAAGACAACAACUUCCUCAGUCCUAAUUUUCAUCGUUGGACGUUUUCUGCCUUUAAAAUGCGAAAAAACCCACUUUAUCAUUAGAUUGUCUGUUUAGUAUUUGUGUUUACAUUUUAGUGGGAAUAUAUAUAAGUGCUGCGUUCACUGUAAUCUGCUCUUCCUGGACAGUCUGCUGAGAAACAGGGCUCUGGUGGAUAAUCUUUGUAUUUUUUCGCAGAUUUAGUGUUAUCUUAACUCUCAUCCAUGUGGCCCCUCCUCCUUGUGCUGCGACUGUAAAGGCUGACGAGGAGCCAAAACACCAGAGGACUGUGAGUCAGUCUGACACCAAACCCCGAGGAAGACACAGAACCUCCAGAGAAUACAGGAGCACAGGCAUUUACCUCACUGUUUGACGACUUUAUAUAAAGGACUGGAGAGUUUUCACCCUGAUUUUUUCCCUUUUAAGGAUUAUUUUUCUCCUGUUUGUGAGUAGAGAGUUCUUUUUUCUUGCAGGAUUCUCUGCUCUGAUUUCCUUUCUUUAUUGUUGCACCAUGGAAGUUGUAAUUUAUAGACACAUAAGCUUAGUUUUAGGAUUGUCCAUGUUUAUGUUCUUGGUUGAUUGAUUGUUUUAUGUCAGAGUAGUAAGAAUGGUUGAACCGGUGGGGUUUGUGGAGGCAUGGAGAGCCCAGUUCCCUGAGUCAGAUCCCCCCAGCAUGGAGCUCAACUCACAGGGAGACAUUGAACAGGAAUUGGACAAAUGCAAGCAAUCCAUCAGGCACCUGGAGAAGGAGGUGAACAAAGAGCGCUUCCGGAUGAUCUACCUGCAGACUUUGCUUGCAAAAGAGAGGAAGUCGUACGAUGGGCAGAGGUGGGGGUUUAACAGGACACCACAGGCAAGUGAUGGGGAUCAGGACAGCCAGAUGUCCCAUACAGAUGAGGGGUCGGUGCAGGAGCAGCAGAGAGGGGUUAUCAGCAAGCCGGUGAGGUGUAAACCACAUCCAGAAGCAGAGGUGGAUGGUGCAUCCCCAGCUAAACAGAAAGAUGGGAUGUCUCCAGUCCGUCAAGACUCAGAGCUGCCGGAUUUCCCAGUUGGCUCCGUGGCAGCGCUGAGAUCCAACUUUGAGCGCAUCAGGAGAGCCAACUCUCACACAGCUGGGGAUGGCAGAGGGUUGUCAGUGAUGGGUGGUCCAGACAAACCCUUCUAUGUAAAUAUGGAGUACCAUCACGAGCGAGGGCUGGUCAAGGUCAACGACAGAGAAGUCUCAGACAAGAUUAGCACCCUGGGGUGUCAGGCCAUGCAAAUGGAGCGUAAGAGGUCCCUGCACUCGCUUCCAGGGAACCUGUCUGCUGCCACAGGGGACAUAAAUAAGUCUGUUCAUAGAGGGAGGUCCGCUGAGGGGAACUGCAGCUUCAAUGGGUCAUAUGACGAACCAGAGGUCAACAGCACAAACUUCCAGAAAGACAAUGUGGGCCGAUCAAAUGGUGGGAAAUCCACAGAGUGUCAGCCCUACACUACUGUAUACGUUGGGGGGAUGAUGACUGAAGGGGACACCCGGGUCAUCCACAUCCGGGACCACGGUAUAGACGAGGACGCCCACCUCACCUGGCCGAGGCGCUCAUACUCUCCCGGCAGCUUCGAUGACGUAGGAGGAGGCUACACUCCAGACUGCAGCUCAAACGAGAACUUGACAUCCAGCGAGGAGGACUUCUCCUCAGGCCAGUCCAGCCAUGUGUCUCCCAGUCCCACCACUUACCCAAUGUACAGGGACAAAAGCCGCUCACCUUCCCAGCAUUCCCAGCAGUCCUUUGAGAGCAGCAGCCCACCCACGCCUCUGUCUCAGAAACGUCUGAAGCAGCAGGUGAUGGUGUCCGAGGCUUCCAUCAUUGGAGUCCGUAAAACGGGUCAGAUCUGGCCCAGUGAUGGGGACUCCACCACGUCCAGCAGGACCUCUCAUGACAACAGUGUUCAAGGAGAUCUGGAGGCUCCAUACAAUGAGACCCCUCCGUCCUAUGGAUACGACCUGGAGCCCUCGGAGGAGCACCAGCCCUUCACCGGAUCUCCUUCCUCCUCACCGCGACUUCGCUCCAAGAGCCGGAGCAGCCGGGACACCCAGUCUUCAGGCUCUCUGGAGUCCACGCUGUCGGUCGAGUUGGAUCAGGAGAAGGGGCUGGAAAUGAGGAAGUGGGUUCUAUCAGGAAUCCUGGCCAGUGAGGAGACAUACCUGAGCCAACUGGAGGCCCUUUUGAUACCCAUGAAGCCUCUUCGAGCCGCAGCCACCACCUCCCAGCCGAUGCUGACCAUCCAGCAGAUCGAGACCAUCUUCUUCAAAGUGCCGGAGCUUCACGAGAUCCACAAAGACUUUUACGACGCGCUGCUUCCUCGAGUCCAGGACUGGAGCCACCAGCAGUGUGUGGGCGACCUCUUCCAGAAACUGGCCAGCCAGCUCGGUGUGUACCGUGCCUUUGUGGAUAACUACAAGGUUGCCGUGGAGACGGCAGACAAGUGCUGCCAGGCCAACUUGCAGUUUGCAGAGAUAUCUGAGAAUCUGAAGGUCAAAAGCACAAAGGACUGCAAAGAUCAGUCGGCUAAAAAUUCACUUGAAAACCUUCUCUACAAACCUGUCGACAGAGUGACGCGCAGCACUCUCGUUCUACAUGACCUUCUGAAGCACACGCCCUCCAGCCACCCAGACUACCCUCUGCUCCAGGACGCCCUGCGUAUUUCCCAGAAUUUCCUGUCCAGUAUUAAUGAGGAGAUCACCCCACGCAGACAGUCCAUGACCGUUAAGAAGGGAGAGAACCGGCAGCUACUUAGGGAUCGCUUCAUGGUGGAGCUGGUUGAAGGCUCCAGGAAACUUCGUCACGUCUUCCUCUUCACAGACCUGCUGCUCUGUGCGAAGCUGAAGAAACAGGCUGCGGGGAAAGGACAGCAGUAUGACUGUAAGUGGUACAUACCCCUGGCAGACCUGACCUUCCAGACCAUCGAGGACUCUGAGUCCACUCCGAUCCCUCUGGUUCAGGAUGAGGAGAUCGAUGCCAUGAAGAUCAAAAUCUCUCAGAUCAAGAAUGAGAUCCAAAGAGAAAAGAGAACGACCAAAGGGCCCAAAGUUAUCGAACGACUGAGGAAGAAGUUGUCAGAACAGGAGUCGCUGCUGCUUCUCAUGUCGCCCAACAUGGCGUUCAGAGUGGCCAACAGAAAUGGAAAGGGUUUUACAUUCCUGAUUUCCUCUGACUACGAACGAGCAGAGUGGAGGGAGAUCAUACGAGAACAGCAGAAGAAAUGUUUUAAAAGCUUCUCUCUCACAUCUCUGGAGCUGCAGAUGCUCACUAACUCAUGCGUGAAACUCCAGACUGUCCACACAAUUCCAAUGUCAAUGAAUAAGGAAGAUGAUGAGUCCUCUGGUCUGUACGGCUUCUUAAACGUCAUCGUCCACUCUGCGUCAGGGCUCAAACAGAGCUUAAACCUUUACUGCUCCCUGGAGGUAGAUUCCUUUGGCUACUUUGUCAACAAAGCCAAGACACGUGUUUACAGAGACUCUACGGAGCCAAACUGGAACGAGGAGUUUGAGAUCGAACUGGAAGGCUCUCAGACGCUCAGGCUGCUCUGCUAUGAGAAGUGCUGCAGCAAAACAAAGCAGAAUAAAGAAGAUGGAGAGAUCACGGACAGGAUCAUGGCCAAAGGGCAGAUAAAGCUGGAUCCCCAGACACUGCAAAAUAAAGACUGGCAGAGGACAGUUAUCGCCAUGAAUGGGAUUGAGGUGAAGCUUUCGAUGAAAUUCACCAGCAGAGAGUUCAGCCUGAAGAGGAUGCCUUCACGGAAACAGUCGGGUGUGUUUGGAGUGAAAAUUAACGUGGUGACGAAACGUGAACGCUCCAAGGUCCCCCUCAUCGUGAGACAGUGCGUGGAGGAGAUUGAGCGACGAGGGUUGGAUGAAGUGGGAAUCUACCGGGUCUCUGGUGUCGCAACUGACAUCCAGGCGCUGAAAGCCGCCUUCGAUUCCAACAAUAAGGAUGUGUCUGUGAUGAUGAGGGAGAUGGACGUAAACGCCAUUGCUGGAACUCUGAAGCUGUAUUUCCGGGAGCUGCCGGAGCCUCUUUUCACAGACGAGUUGUACCCAAACUUUGCUGGAGGCAUUGCUCUCUCUGACAGCGUGGCCAAGGAAAGUUGCAUGCUCAACUUGCUGCUGUCGUUACCAGAACCCAACCUGGUGACUUUCCUCUUCCUACUUGACCACCUUAAAAGGGUCGCUGAAAACGAGAGCGCCAACAAGAUGUCUUUGCACAACCUGGCCACUGUCUUUGGUCCCACUUUGCUUCGACCGUCUGAAAAAGACAGCAAAAUCUCAAACAGCUCCCAGCCCAUCUCCAUGAACGACAGCUGGUCUCUGGAGGUCAUGGCUCAGGUGCAGGUCCUCCUCUACUUCCUCCAGCUGGAGAGCAUUCCUACUCCGGACAGCAAACGUCAAAGCCUUCUCUUCUCUACUGAAGUAUAACACAAGUACAGACUCGUCCAUAAAUGAGGAACCGAGGUGUUAAACAGAAGAGCUGCGUCCAGAGGGGCCAAAGCUGGUUUACAGAGAAGAUGCUCCUUUUGGCCACCAGGGGGAGCCAUCAACACAUGACUGGAAACAGGGUCACCACAAGAGAUGAAUGAGCAUGUGUGAGGUGUUUACUUACCUGCUGUGUCAGUGAAAGACUUUUCCUCAAUGGUGUAUGGACGAAAUAUAUCAUUCCUGCUUUUAAUUUAACUUAAAUUUAACUCCAUUGUUUAAAUACUUGGCCCUUUUCUGUCACUGUGCACAUUAGCUCCACAGGAGGAUCUGUGUUGUUGCUGGAUUUUGUAAGAUUUAUUGCUGUGGGUGAAUGAUGGAUGAAUGUUGAAUGUUUGAAUAUAUUUUCAUGUUUCUCCACAUGAAAUGUUUGACUUGGUUGAAAGCUCGCCUGUGCCAAUGUUUCCCUGCUGAUGACCAAUAGAACAUUUCAGUUAACCUAAUGUUUACACUCUUAAUUUUCACUUAAUUUUGUACAGAUUUGAAACUACUAAAGCUGUAGUCGUCACACAACAUGCAGGCAUGUUGACCGAACCUGAAGCGAUUUGUAUAGUGACCUUUUUGCAGUCCACGGGUUCCUCUGGUGGCCUCCAAGUAGAUGGUUUAUGUUUGGAAGGAGGUAAAAGUUAGAGAUAACAGGACAUCACAUAGACGAGGCCUAAUGCUUCCAUCCACAAACUGAGUUCUCUGCCGUGUAAUAUUUUAAUUUGACUUUUGUCCAUGUUUGUUUUUUCGUUUUCUCCACGUAUCGGUGUUAUAUACUACAUUCCUCCCCUCCAGUGUUCUUCCUUUAGGACAAAAGCACUGCUGUAGAAACAAGAACACCUGGAGAUUAUACUUAUCUGCCAUACCAAAUGUUCCCUGACCGGACUCCUGAAGCGCGAUGAUUCACUCAUAUCUAAGCCUCCCAGAUUAUUAACAGGUUCAUCCUCCACAUACCGAGUAUUACUUUCAGAGUUGUGUGAGAGCACAUGAUGUGAUGCAAGUAUUCAAAUACGUCUUAGCACAACCUGUAACCUUAAAUGCUUGUGAUUCAUGCAAAAUAAGCAAUAAGUAUUGAUUCCUAAGGUAAGCAAUGAACAGUGUGUCUCAUAUGUAUGAUUUAUGUAAAUAAAACUAGGUAAUAUUA